GCCACCUGCACACUCACAAGAUCUCAGACCAGUUACCAGCAUAGUUACUGAUAUAAGUAGCAUUAAUUCAAGACUUGUACUGGAUAAUUACCUAGAAUUGUUUAGAAAAACUAGAAAACUAAGGGAAGAAUGCCUUGGACUAACAUCUGCCUCGACUGAUGGCAUAGAUCAACUAUGCAAAUAUUAUUUACUUUGCACUUUACCGUUUUAUCCUACGUGAAAAAGAAAAUCUGCCACAAGUGACAAUGAAGAAAGAUUGCGUUUGCUGCUGCCCAUCCCUGAUCCCCAGCAGGGAAACCACUCAUUUCUAUGUACUCGGUCUGCUCAUUGCUCUUUACAUGCUGGCUGGUGCUGCAGUAUUUUCUUCCUUGGAGAGACCAGCAGAGAUACAGGCUCACCAGCUCUGGGAAAAGAGGUUAACAGACUUCAGCCAUGAGCAUAAAAUUAGUUGUGAGGACCUGAAAAAUCUGUUGCUGCAUUAUGAAGAAGCCAGGACAGCAGGCAUCCGGAUAGAUCAAGGCAGAGCCCUGUGGGACAUCUCUGGUGCCUUCUACUUUGUAGGAACUGUUGUCUCCACCAUUGGAUUCGGAAUGACUGCACCGUCCACUGUGACAGGGAAGGUCUUGCUUGUUUUCUAUGGACUGUUGGGAUGCUCAGCUACCAUACUCUUCUUCAAUCUCUUCCUGGAGAGAGUCCUAACGUUGCUGAGCCUCCAGAAAUUCUGGUGCCACAGACGAAGGAGCACUCACAGAGAACUGGAGCGAAGUGCGGGUGACAGGCAUGAGGAAUGGAAACCAUCUGUGUACCAAAUCACACUCAUCCUUUUUGCUGCUGUCCUGCUGGUUGCAUGUGGGGCUGCCUCCCUCUAUUCAGCCAUGGAGGGCUGGACUUUCCUGGAGUCACUCUAUUUCUGCUUUGUAGCAUUCAGCACUGUGGGCUUUGGGGACUUUGUAAGCAGCCAGAGAGCACAACAUGAGGACAUCCGGGUGUACCAGGUGGCUAAUUGUCUCCUUAUGCUCUUAGGAGUGUGUUGCACUUACUCCCUCUUUAAUGCCAUCUCCGUGAUCAUCAAACAGGGACUGAACUGGUUGCUGAAGACACUGGCCUGGGUGUAUAUGGGAAUCCGCCACUUCAGACUGCAACUCAAACGACCAUUCAAACUCCACUUUACUGACUCUGAGCAAACUGUACGCUGUAGUGAAAAUGACACUCUACAUAAGCAACAAGUGCAGACAUUUUCCAGCUCAGCCCACAGUUUGUUGUGGCAUUUCUGUGCCCCCAGCGCUAUUGGUAAAUGUCUUUGUGAUGAGGCUACAGUAAAAACAGUCUGCCACAGAAGCUAUGAUAGGAUGACACAAGGCGAGAGGAAAUGUGAAAAUAAUGUUGUCUCAGUUCAGUGAAACACGGCCGAUAUACUCUGAUUGUCUGAUAAAAGAAUUUAUCACAUUUCAAGCACAAAUCACCAAUAUGACAAUAUCUUCAACAUGAACUACUACUGUUAAGUAGAAAAUACAGGAACACACACAAUGAACAGUUUUGCACAUCUUAAAACCAACUCUUUCAAACAGCACCUGCACUUGACUUAAGAAGAUGGCAUGAUAUGACGACUAAAAAGACACAGCAAUAUAAACAUUUUCCUUAACCCAAAUAGUGUCAAUUUUAAAAGUCAAUUUCCUGAAUGGUCUUGAUGAGGUGAGGAAAAUAAAGAAAUAAUGACAGUCAAGUUAAUAUUAAUCUAUAUUCUUAUAAAUAUACUGUGUUUUGUAUAUCUUUAUAAUGUAAACUGAUUUGUAUUUCUCCACAUUAAGUUGGUGUGCUGCAGAGGUGCUGCAAAGAGGAACAGCUGAAAGAGGUCACAGAGUGGCUAUGUUCAUGUGUGAAGUCACAAAAGGUUUACGGAGAGCCACGUUCGCUGAGUGACCUGUGAGGGUAUGAUACAUACAUAAUAUUGGAAAUAACACAAAUUGGCAGCCACCCAAGGAAAGAGUAGAUGGCAGGUGUUUGGCUGAGAGCCCAAGUGUUCCAAAAAACUGCUAACUCAGUAAUAAAAAUAGCCAAUUAGAGUGAGAGGGGGAAAAAAAACCUCACAGUAAUAAAAACAAGGAAGAGAACAGAAGCUGAGACACCUGUAAAUCAGCUUGACAUGGGCUAAUGGGGGAAAACAUGAUACAAGAUCAAUAAAAAGAAAGGUGGGGAAGUGAGGGGGAUGACCUACUUUUACUGUAUAAAUAAGGGAUGUUCAGCAACUGUAAGUUCAGUAAGUGUUUAAUUGUGGAUCCAGAAUUAAAUGGUUUUUGAUCUGAA